GGAGGAUAAAGAUUUUCUCUUUCCCUUUCAAUCCCGUCCUGGUUGCCGCCAGAGAUUCCCCUCUGGCUAAACGCCAUGAACAUCCGGAAGCACCACCACCAUGACGGAGGCGAUGGCAACCAUACAUUCCAGAUCCGAAAUUCCAAUUCAGUAGUUUCUGAGAUUGCCUGGUUUUCCCUUGCCGCCGCUAUUAUCAAGAUCCUCCUAAUCCCAGCUUACCACAGCUCUGAUUUUGAGGUCCACCGCAACUGGCUCGCCAUUACCCACUCGCUUCCUCUGUCUCAAUGGUAUGCCGACGAGACUAGCCCUUGGACCCUCGAUUACCCGCCGUUAUUCGCCCAUUUCGAACACUUGCUCUCCUUCUUUGCCGCCAUCAUCGACCCUACAAUGGUUGACCUCCACGGCGGACUCGAUUACAAGUCUACAGCCACUAUUCUCUUCCAAAGACUCAGCGUCACUCUAUCCGACGUCGUUUUGGUAUACGCAAUUUACAGACUGUCCCGCAAUCUGGAGCUCAGAGAGCGGAUCUUGAUGUGGGUGUUGGUUCUCUGGUCGCCUGGAUUAAUCAUCGUAGACCAUUUGCAUUUUCAGUACAAUGGGUUUCUCUUGGGGAUUCUUCUGCUUUCACUUUCUGCUUUAGAGGAGGGAAAAGACUUGCUGGGAGGGUUCUUGUUCGCAGUUUUGCUUUGCUUUAAGCAUUUAUUUGCGGUGGCUGCCCCUGUUUACUUUGUCUAUUUGUUGAGGCACUAUUGCAGGGGUGGAUGGUUUAAGGGGAUUGGGAGACUGGCAUUGAUGGGCAGCGUGGUCAUUUCUGUUUUUGCUGCAGCUUUUGGACCAUUCAUGCACUAUGGACAAAUACAUCAAGUCCUAAACCGCAUGUUUCCUUUUGGUAGGGGACUCUGUCAUGCAUAUUGGGCUCCAAAUUUCUGGGUGUUCUAUAUACUUCUAGAUAAAGUAGUUGCUUUUAUACUUACGAAAUUUGGAUUCACAAUCUCAGCGCCAACUGCUUCAUUCACCAGUGGGCUGGUGGGUGAUUCUUCACCUUUUGCUGUACUACCCAGGGUGACUCCAUUAACCACAUUUGGGAUGGUCUUGCUGGCAUUAAUUCCUUCUCUUGUAAAGGCUUGGAAAGAUCCCAAACCAGGAAUGAUCACUAGAUUGGUAGCCUAUGCUUACACAUGUGGCUUUAUGUUUGGUUGGCAUGUCCAUGAGAAGGCAUCACUUCACUUUGUGAUACCUCUAGCUGUUGUUGCCAGUAAAAGUAUGGAAGAUGGAAAACACUAUUUCUUCUUAUCAAUAGUGUCUUGCUAUUCGUUCUUCCCGCUCCUAUUUGAAGCUCAAGAAUAUCCCAUUAAGGUUCUCUUACUGCUUUUACACGUUAUAAUUAUGUGGUUGGGAUUUUCCUUUCAACACUUCUCCAACAAUAAUGUCUCAAAAGAAGCGGCUGUAGGGAAGAGAUGUGAUGAAGGGGAAACUUGUAUUAUUGCUUCAAGGAAUGUGUGUUUCCAAAUUGGAUUUUUGGAAAAGAUUUAUCUGUUGGGUCUUCUCGCCGUGGAGGCAUGGGGCCUGCUUUUUCACCGCCUCAUCCUCGGCCAGAGGUUUCCCUUUUUACCCCUUUUGAUGAUCUCUGCAUACUGCUCCAUAGGAAUGAUGUAUUCUUGGAUCUGGCAAGUUAAUAAGAUUUUCCAGUCAAAUUGACCCUUUUUUCACUUGAAUGGUUUUACAUGCUCGAUGAAAUAGAAUUUUACUGCAGAUUAGGGUUCAGUAACUUUAUUUAUUCAUUUAUUCUGUAAAACAUUUCUUCAAGCUUUACGACAUGAAAAUAUGUAUAUGAGACUGCUUCGCAAAAUCUUAAGAGCAUAUUCCUUGAAAAUCCGGUAUGUUUUUUACUCUUGUUAUUUAGACUAGUUUUUUAAAAUGCACGCUGCGUAAAUGAGAUCGUGCCCAAU